CAAAAGCGUUUUGAAAUGAUUCUUGUUCAGCAUUCUCCAAAAAAACAGGAGUACAGCCCUCCUUAACUCGUAGUGGUAUGAACUUGUAUGACACCUAAACAUUAGUGCCUGGCAGAUGUGUAUUGUGUACACUCGAGUUGUGUAGCAAGCUAUUUGGAUGUGGAAACGUUUCAUACAAUCGUCGGGCGCUUACUUUACGAUUGGUGAUAGCUACUAGACGUCAAAUGCGGCAGCAUUUCGUUUGUCCUUUCCAGUGUCAGCCACGAUCGUCAAAUAAAGGCAUAUUAAAAUAUUGCCCCAACAAUCGCAGCUUCGCGCAUGCUAUGAGGUCACCCUAACAAAAAAUAUUGGGGUAAAGAUGGCUGCAGAGCUCUUUCCCACCAAGAAGCUGGCCCCAGUAUCCUCAACCAAAACAGCUGUGCAGCAAUACCAGCAGCAGAACCUGAAUAACAACACCAUUCACAGCUGCAACUGGCAAGGGCUCUAUCCUACCAUCCGAGAGAGGAAUUCAGUCAUGUUCAACAAUGAGUUGAUGGCAGAUGUUCACUUUGUUGUUGGCCCCCCAGGAGGGACUCAACGAGUACCUGGGCACAAGUAUGUGCUGGCUGUGGGGAGUAAUGUGUUCCACGCCAUGUUUUACGGUGAACUGGCAGAGGACAAGGAAGAGAUCCGUAUCCCUGAUGUGGAGCCUCCCUCGUUCCUAGCCAUGCUGAAGUACAUCUACUGUGACGAGAUUGACCUGUGUGCUGACACUGUCCUGGCUACGCUCUAUGCCGCCAAGAAGUACAUCGUGCCCCACCUGGCUCGGGCAUGCGUCAACUUCCUGGAGACGAGCCUGAGCGCAAAGAAUGCUUGCGUUCUGCUCUCCCAGAGCUGCCUGUUUGAGGAGCCCGACCUGACUCUGCGCUGCUGGGAGGUGAUCGACGCCCAAGCCGAGCUGGCGCUGCGCUCCGAGGGCUUCACAGACAUCGACUCGGUGACCCUGGAGAGUAUCCUGCGCCGUGAGACGCUCAAUGCCAAGGAGAUGGUGGUGUUCGAGGCGGCAUUGAGCUGGGCUGAGGCUGAAUGUCAGCGCCAGGACCUGACGCCCACCAUUGAGAACAAACGGCUGGCGCUGGGCAAGGCCAUCUACCUGAUCCGCAUUCCCACCAUGACGCUGGAUGACUUCGCCAACAGUGCGGCACAGUCGGGCGUGCUGACGCUCAACGAGACCAACGACAUCUUCCUGUGGUACACGGCUGCCAAGAAGCCUGAGCUGCUGUUUGCCAGCAAGCUGCGCAAGGGCCUGGCGCCGCAGCGCUGCCACCGUUUCCAGUCGUGCGCCUACCGGAGUAACCAGUGGCGCUACCGGGGCCGCUGCGACAGCAUCCAGUUCGCCGUCGACAAGCGAGUGUUCAUCGCCGGCUUUGGCCUGUAUGGCUCCAGCUGCGGCUCAGCAGAAUACAACGCCAAGAUUGAACUCAAGAGGCAGGGCGUGCCGCUGGGCCAGAGCCUCAUCAAGUACUUUUCAGAUGGCUCCAGCAGUACAUUACCAGUGUGGUUUGAAUACCCUGUUCAGAUCGAGCCCGACACGUUCUACACGGCCAGCGUCGUGCUGGACGGCAACGAGCUCAGCUACUUUGGCCAGGAGGGGAUGACUGAGGUGCAGUGUGGCAAGGUCACCUUCCAGUUCCAGUGCUCCUCGGACAGCACCAACGGGACAGGUGUGCAGGGGGGGCAAAUACCUGAGCUCAUCUUUUACGCUUGAGGUGUCGAAUGUGAGGGAAACGUAACCCUCCAUCUUUACUGCCACAGUAAAUGCACCCCUCCGGCUGUUCAGAAAGCAUCAGCUCUUAACUAUGGCUUUAAAAGUAUACCUGGUUAGGAAAAAACAAACAUAUCCAAUUUAUUGUGGUGGUUAUUUAGUUCACUAUACAAUUGCCUUAUGAGUAUGUCGGACCUAGUGUGACUGGGUUGCAGUGACCAAAUAUUUUCUUAUAAAAGGAUAGGUCAUAACACUUUUCACACAUUUUUGUUCUACUGUUUAUGAAGCACAGUUCUCAUUUAACAAUAUUAUUAGUGUGUUGCAGGUAUCUUCAAA